AUGCUUCUUCAGGGAAGCUUCUCCCUUCCAUUCCGAUCACCCCUCCGCCUCCGACCUCCGAUCACCCACCACCACCUUCCUCGCAAAUUCUCCUUGGCAGCGGUUUCAUCUUCCGCCAGUUAUGCCAUCUCCGACCAAGAACUGGAAUCGCGGGGUUUCAUCUUCCGCCGCACAAUCGACGACCUGAACCUCGACCAUUUAAACUCCGUUUUCGUCGCCGUCGGUUUCCCAAAACGAGACACCGACAAGAUAAAAGUGGCGCUGGAGCAUACAGAUUCGUUGUUGUGGGUGGAGUAUGAGAAGACGAAGAGACCGGUGGCGUUUGCUAGGGCCACCGGCGACGGCGUAUUCAAUGCUAUUAUUUGGGAUGUGGUGGUGGAUCCGAAUUUUCAGGGGAUUGGGUUGGGGAAGGCGGUGAUUGAGAGAGUGGUGGAGGAGCUGCUGCAAAAAGGGAUCACAAACAUAGCUUUGUAUUCGGAGCCCCGAGUUUUGGGAUUCUAUAGACCUCUCGGGUUUAUUUCGGAUCCAGAGGGGAUAAGAGGAAUGGUGUAUUCAAGAAAGAAUAAUAGAAAAUAG